GGCCAAUCCACCGGCAGCGGGGCGGGAUUUUCCUGCACCACGUCCCGAGUUUUCCAACUUCCAUAUCCAACAAUCCCGCCGCGUCGCGUCGCGUCGGGGCACCAUGGAGUAGGGAUGUGGACGGACGGGGGUAGCACACAGCGAAGUUCAGACGCCGACUAACGCGAUUGUGGAAUUGUUGGGAACCAUCAACGGACUAACGGAAAUCACUGGGAGCGGACUCUCGGUUCCUCGGUGAGUAAAGAUGAUGGCUGAUGCCAGCGACAUGUUGGCGGCCGCCUUGGAGCAGAUGGACGGCAUUAUAGCAGGCUCCAAGACUCUGGACUACUCCAAUGGGAUGUACGACUGUCAGUCCCCCACCUCUCCUUUCAUGGGCAGCCUGCGGGCGCUGCACCUUUUGGAGGACCUUCGGAGUGUCCUGGAGUUGAUGGACACGGAGGAACGGGAGAGUCUGCGCUGCCAGAUCCCCGACUCCACAGCUGACAGUCUGGUCGAGUGGCUCCAUGGUCACUUGUCCAACGGGCACAUCUCUCUGAGUGGCUCUGACCACUACCAGGAGAGGCUUUCCCGAAUAGAAUGUGAUAAGGAGUCACUAGUUCUUCAGGUGAGCGUGCUGACGGACCAGGUGGAGGCUCAGGGAGAAAAGAUUCGAGACCUGGACAUGUGCUUGGAUGAGCACAGGGACAAACUCAACGCCACUGAGGAGAUGCUACAACAGGAGAUUCUGUGCAGAACUACGCUGGAGACGCAGAAGCUAGAACUGAUCUCCGAAGUGUCCAACCUGAGGCUGAAGCAGAAUACCUUGGAGAAGGACAGACUUGAUUUUGAUGAUAGAUUUAGAGAUAGUGAGGAUUUGAUUCUUGAAAUUAACGAACUGCGGUACAGAUUGACAGAGCUGGAGAGUGAAAAAGUACAGUACGAAAAGAAACUCAAAUCCACAAAGUCACUAAUGGCCAAGCUUUCUAGCCUGAGAAUCAAAAUGGGCCAGAUGCAGUAUGAGAAACAGAGGAAGGAGCACAAACUCCAGGCUAUGAAGGAGGAGCUGGCCGCGAUGAGGUGGCAGCUGGAGGGCAAAGACGGAGAGACGAGGAGACUACAGGACGAGACGGGCUUCAGAGCCAUCGCCUCGAGCAGUUCAGAUCCUGCGGAGAGAGUCUCUCAUCCAGAUGAAACUCUUAGAAAGAGGCUGAAAGAAAAACAUGUGGAAGUGCAGAGAAUGAAAAAGGCAGUUGAGUCGUUGAUGGCAGCCAAUGAAGAAAAGGAUCGUAAGAUCGAUGACCUGAAGCAGUCGCUGCUGCGUUAUAAGAAAGUUCAAGAGAUGGUGAUGUCAGUGCAGGGGAAGAAAGAGAAAAGCAAAGACACUGAACACAUGGGCAGUAAUGGUGAUGAGUCCAUUGCAUUCUUCUCAAACAUCCCGGAGUUCAUGGAGUCCGAAAAGUAUGACGUUACAGAUGGGGAACAACUGAAAAGUAGGAGCCCAGAUGAGUUGGAGAUCCUCAAUGGACUGAGUGAAGAGCCUUCCCCCACACCGAGCCCUUCAGAUCCAGAAGGAGUAUUAGAAGCAGCAGAUGUAGAAAGCUGCCAUGAUGCUGCACAGACUGGCAGCCGGGAGCAUCUGGAGAGGAGCAAUAAUCAAAAGAAUGCCGGUGCAGAGACGAGUGAAAAGCCGCCGAUGGGUCCCUCCGCCACCUCGCCCGCAAGCACAGAGGAUGAAAGCUUUGGUUCCAGAAAGGCUCGUCCUCUUUGAAAGGGCUUCUUCAAGCUCCGUGGGGCCAAGAAACACCACCCCACCCCACAUGAAGACCGCAGCCGGAGUGCAAGUGCGCCUAUGCUAGCUGAAAUGGAGCGCCAGGGCACCGACCAUCUGGAUCUGGCCGGGCUGCCACAGAGGUCAGCUAACAGCGACAGUACAAACACGCUGUCUACGACUCCAGAGAGCAGGAAAAAAUCAGAGGGAAUAAAGAAACUCUUUGGGAAGCUAAAAAGGAGUCAGUCUACUACAUUUAACCUGGAUGACAACCUACCAGAAGGUGACUUCAAGAGAGGCGGAGUGCGAGCCACAGCAGGACCCAGAUUGGGUUGGUCUCGUGACCUCAAAACCGCAAACAAUGACGUCGAUGCUCCUUUUGCACGCUGGUCAAAGGAUCAGGUGUGUGACUGGCUGCAGGGGCAGGGUCUUGGCCUUCAUGUGAACAUGGCUCGCGGAUGGAUCUCCUCUGGGCAGACGCUGCUGCAGGCCUCACAGCAAGACCUGGAGAGGGAGCUUGGCAUCAAACACCCGCUGCACAGAAAGAAGCUGCAGCUGGCUCUGCAAGCACUGGGCUCCGAGGAGGACGACAAUAAGGGAAAGCUGGACUACCACUGGGUGACGAGAUGGCUGGAUGACAUUGGUCUGCCUCAGUACAAGACCCAAUUUGAUGAGGGGAGGGUGGAUGGUCGCAUGCUGCACUACAUGACAGUGGAUGACCUGCUUUCUCUGAAAGUAGGGAGUGUUCUGCAUCACCUCAGUAUCAAGAGAGCCAUCCAAGUGCUCAGACUCAACAACUAUGAGCCCAACUGCUUGCGUCGUAGGCCGUCUGACGAGAACAACAUUUCUCCAGCGGAGAUUUCCCAGUGGACCAACCACAGGGUCAUGGAGUGGCUGCGGUCUGCAGACCUGGCCGAAUACGCUCCCAACCUGCGAGGCAGCGGCGUGCACGGCGGCCUGAUGGUUCUGGAGCCACGGUUCAACGUGGAGACCAUGGCUUUGCUGCUGAACAUCCCCCCCAACAAGACGUUGCUGCGCCGUCACCUGGGCACACAUUUCAACCUGCUCAUUGGCUUAGAGGCCCAGCAGCUCAAACAGGAGUGUCUAGAAAACCCGGACUAUACUCUGCUGACGGCCACCACUAAGGUCAAGCCAAGAAAACUGUCAUUUGGUAACUUCGGCAGUAUUAGGAGAAAAAAGCAGGAUGAGACAGAGGAGUAUGUGUGUCCGAUGGAUGUGGAGAUGCCAAAGGGACGAAGCUUUCAGAAAGGCUUUGAGCUCCAAAUCUACGAGGAUGACCUUGACAGGCUAGAGCAGAUGGAGGACUCUGAAGGAACUGUGAGACAGAUCGGAGCGUUCUCUGAGGGUAUUCAAAACCUCACGAGCAUGCUGAAAGAUGAUGAAUUCUUCAAAGAGGCUUCAAAUUCACCAAACCCGAGUGUAACGGAUGAGGACUCCAACGCAUGAGACCCGGUUCCCUUGUGACUGGAACGCUGUGCCAAUACUUCUCCCGUUGCACACAGACUUCCCUCGACAAACCCCAACAACACUCUUUUCUUCUUAGUGUUACGUUCAAAGACGAGCCAAGAGUAUUGCAAUGUUUUAUGCUUUUUAUUUUUCAUUUUUAAACAUUGGUGUCUUGACAACCUACAGUCCAGCAGCCACUAUCACUCCUGGUCGUUGUCUCGGUUACUGUCGUCUGAUGAAAGCUGGGGAACCUUUGGGGCAACCCCACUGCUCGCCUGCCAGCUGGUUUCUGGAGUUGUUUACUGCCACAGUUCUAUUUCUGAUAGAACAGAGGUGUCAACCAGCAGAAGAAAAUAUGCCAAUAUAGAUUUUAAUAUAUGUCUUUUUAAAUUCCUUUCUGACUUUAGAACUAUUAAAGAAAGAAGUGAUGUGCUGAGAAGAUUUGCCCAGCUUUAGAAGUUGGUGUAAAGUAAUAACUCCAAACGGCUGCUACGUUUUCUACAGAACUAAAUCUUGCUAAUUACAUGGGAAUUGUCAUAUAUUUGAUCCUACACUGAACAUUUAACAGGUGUUCACUCAAAAGUAAUAUUCUACAUGUAUUUGCACCGAUACAUAUCAUACAGCACAACUUGUAAUGACAUGGUAUUGAAAUUCCACACAUUUACAGUUUAUUAACUUUUUGUUUAUUUCUUGCUAUAAACAAACUUUAAUUGAAUACAAGUUUUGGAAAGUGUUAUUAUUCAGAACUGUGAUCUAACAUUAUGUCACAUUUUUUUCCAAAUACUAUUGUCAUAAUACAACCCUUUAAAUGUUUUUUUUACAUUUGUUUUCUUAGAUCAAUAAAGUUAUUUAAAUGUUUCAAUUUGUCAAAAGUUGCGGUACAGGUGCAAAGAUUUGUCUAUUUAGUUUCCUGAGCAAAAAUCUGAUUAUCAAACUAGUCAACAAUUCAAAUUUGGUUAAAUGAAGGUUUGAUGAACCUGGAGACAAAUGGCAGCAGUGGAAUCAUCACGUCAUUGAAAACAUCUUAUAACCUCAGAGUCCUGAUCAAUCAAUGCCAUGUGUAAGUUUGUAACAAUAUUAUCAAAAACUGCUUCAUUGGGAACAUGUGAGCACAACAUUUGUGCAAGUUUUGUUUAAUUAUUAAACAACAGAUGUUACAAAUACUUGGAUGUGAGAAGUUUAACUAGUACUGAGCAGAAUUUGCUUGAGGAACAUGCGACACGGGUCUUAUGGGUCAGCAACCCCAAAGCAGCAAAUUAAAGAUAAAUAAAUGAUAUCAAAGUGCACGUAUUCUAACGAGCUUUGGGCUCCAACUAGAUAGUACUCUUGUCCCCAUGUGGGGGACGACCUGCCGUUUUAGUGCUUCGCUCCAUUGUUUCGUUGCUUUUAACGACAGCCCUAAUUCAGGUCGUAAAUGCCGCGCAUUUAAAGAAACGCGGUUAGGGUCUCUGGACCGACAUCAGUCGUCUGCAAUUGUAGUUCGCGAACACAUCUGGCAGAACCGCGUUCAGUCCGUGAGCUGGAGCGCCCUCUAUUGGCUGUGCAGCCCAAACGUAAACACCACAGCGAGUUGGUUCAGGUUUGCGCAUGCGCAAUAAAAAGUUACGAAAAUCAGGUUUGGACUUUACUGUCAGUGAAGGACUCAGCAGUCUGAGCUGUAGUUGUGGAAGAGGCAUCAUGGCUGCAAGGUUCUGUGGGCUCCUGGUCCUCCUCACUGUGUGUGUCGGUGGACUCAAUGCAUCGAGACUAGCUGUUGACCAGGAGCUGUCUGAUAUUUUCGACGAGCUGUGGAGGUUGGAUAAGAACCGCCUGACUCCUGUGACGGACUACAACAUCUCUGUUCAGGGUAGAGCCAGCUUUGUAAACCCAGGCAGCCACGUUGUGCGAGAUUAUGCUCUACAGCCUCUGUUCUCCGAUGUUAACGAGAACAAACUGGCCAACACAACCACGUACUCCCGCUUCAUAAAACUCCUGAACAACUACGAGCGGUCCACAGGCGUCGCUGAGCAAGUCACGGCAGAGGAACGGACCGAGAUUGAUCUCUUCCUGGAUGCUGUCCUAGAGACAGAAGUCAUGAAGCGGGCUCAUCGGUACCUGGUGAGCAAAGCAAAGUCCAACUCUGACCUGAGGCGCUUUAAGAGUCAGCUGUAUUUAAUCUGGUUCAACUUCUACCACCGGCAGAGAAACGCAGGCCUGGACUCCUGUGGGUUCGAGCAUGUGUUUGUUGGAGAGACGAGAUCUGGAACAGAAAUUAUCGGUUUUCACAACUGGAUCCAGUUCUACCUGCAGGAAAAAAGCACACACUUGGACUACAAAGGAUACAAGGGCAGGAACUUUGACCUACCCGAUCAAGACGACCACGUUCUGAACCUCCAGUUCAGCUGGCAUGGUUUGGUGAAGCCCGUUGGCAGCACCUUCAUCGGGACCAGCCCGGAGUUUGAGAUGGCGAUCUUCACCAUCGUCUUCCUCAGGAGCACGGAACGGAGCACCACGGUGCUGGUCAACAUUGACCAGUGUCAGAUGGAGCUGGUGGUCAUCAGACAUGGACGCUCCCUCGGGACGGCGUACCCAAAGCUGCUUAGCAGCAACAGCAGACAUGUUGGGCAGCAGCACUCGCGCUGAUGUGCUACUCACUUCAAUAUGUUCAUGCACGACGGGCUGAGGUACAAACUGGGGUUUAGACCACAGACCUUCUUAGUAUAGCACCUAGAUGUUUAAACAUCUCAUAUUUUAUCAGAACCACUGUAAACAUGAUUCAUUUAUGAUGAAAAUGCGAUUUCAAUAAAAGUGAUGGGUGUUUUUUAAAGUCAACAAUUAAUUAAAUGUCCUGUAAUUUAACCUGUGUAAUGCAUUAAAAUAAUAUACUAAUUUAAUUGAAUUGGCUGUGAGUAUGUGGAAGAAACGCUAAAAUCCUAUCAACAAAUUGCUAAUUUUGAGUAAUCAGUGUGAGAAUUAGUGUUGCAUUAUCAAUAUAUUAAUAUGAGUCCCUCAAUACUGACCGUUAAUUGGACAUUUUAGUACUGGAGACCGGAGUACACUGCAAUAAAGACAAAUUGGACGAGA